AGAAACCCUACUUCUCUUACUGCCUAUAAAAUGGCAAAACCUCUGCGGCUCUGCUGAUUGCUGAAGGAGGAAUAGCUUCUUAUCGAGGUGAUCCAAAAUGUCGAAGCGAGGACGUGGAGGAACGGCCGGCAACAAGUUCCGGAUGUCGCUCGGUCUACCGGUGGCGGCAACGGUGAACUGUGCCGAUAACACAGGUGCCAAGAACCUGUACAUCAUCUCCGUGAAGGGGAUCAAGGGUCGCCUCAACCGGUUGCCGUCGGCUUGCGUUGGUGACAUGGUGAUGGCCACCGUGAAGAAAGGGAAACCCGAUCUCAGGAAGAAGGUCAUGCCUGCCGUUAUUGUUCGUCAGAGGAAGCCAUGGCGCCGAAAGGAUGGUGUCUACAUGUACUUCGAAGAUAAUGCUGGGGUGAUUGUGAAUCCCAAGGGAGAAAUGAAAGGGUCUGCUAUCACUGGACCAAUUGGAAAGGAGUGUGCGGACUUGUGGCCAAGGAUUGCAAGCGCUGCCAAUGCAAUUGUUUGAAUAGGUGUUUUUUCUACUUUCAAGUGCUAAUUUUACAUUUUGUUUGAGUUGAUUUGUGAAACGAGGAAUGUAGUUUGGUGGUUUUCUUAGUAGAGACAGUAACGGUGUCAAAUUAUUUUUGAAAUCGUAUACCUGUUAGUGGGCAUUAAAACUCAACACUUAACUUUGGUGGGGAAAGUCGCCUUCUUUUCUUUUA